AUGUCCAGCAAGUUUACAAUUCUAGUCGUGUGCUUUUUACUAGCAAGCCUAUUCAUAACUCAAACUCUGGCUGAUAGUGCAGCGAGUGAAACUAGCGAGUCUAUGUCUUCUGAAUCUGUUACUGAGGAAGUGCAAGAAGAAGUUGCUGAGGAGCAGCAAACACAGGAAGUAUCAGAGUCUGCAUCAGCAUCAGCUAGUGAAUCUUCUGCUUCUGAGUCUGCUUCUGCUGAAAGUAAGGAAGAGUCUGCAUCAGCUGCUAGUGCUGCUGAAGAAAAGGGAGCUAGCGCCAGUGCUUCUGGUGCCUCUAAAAAGAAGGAGGAAGCUAAGGCUGCAGAUAAAGGCAAAAGCGCCAUUGUGUCGUAA